CAGUGUUGUGUGAAAUGAGAAGGCGCCAAAUCAGAAUAAAUAAAAGUAUCAACGGAAGACGUGCAAAGUAUAUCAACUCGUGUGGGUUUCAAUAAUUUAUUGAGUGAAACGGCAAUAAUAAGAAAAAAUACCUUGCGACGCGCACAUUACACACACUCACACGUAAAUAGACACACGUACAUCUAUCGAUAUCCGAGUUGCAUUGCACGCCGUGGCGGCAGCGCCAAAGAGAGCACCGAAAGUUUGCGCCAACAGCCAGCUAGAGCAACAAAUCAACGGGGAGGGCGCGCGCGUUCCAUUUAACGAGAAAAACAAUACUUGCCAAGGAUAGCAACGUUGAGAAGAACGCAGCCAAAAUGGGUGAAGUGAAAUCGGUCAAAGUGGACAACUGGGGAGUCUUCUUCCUGCAAAAGCUGCAGAAUUUCUUCAACAAAACGGACUACUGCGACCUAACGCUGCAGUUUCGCGACAAUUCACAAUUAAAAGUGCAUCGCCUGGUGCUGAGCGCUUGCACCGACUAUUUCAAUGUACUGGAACAAAAUUGCGAAAUAGUCGACGAUGCUCUCAUCAUGCCCAACGAGUUCCAGGCGGAUGUGGUGGUGCCCAUUGUCAACUUUAUGUACACGGGCACCCUGGAGUUUGAGUUGAAAAUGUAUGGCAAGCUGCUGCGCACCGCCAAGGAGAUGAACAUGACAGUGCUGCUGAAGCUAUUAGAGGCACAUCGUCGCACCAUGGAGAAUGUGAACCGCCAGCAGAGGCCUCCCAGUCCGAAGGGCAUAAGACGCCGCACAGUGGGUCCAGCCACCAAUGCGGGCAGUCCCCAGCAGCGGGUAACUGUGCAGAGCCAGCCAAGCCGCCUUGUCAGCAACACAGUUGUGGGAGCAGCCACCGGAGGCGCAGCCACAUUGAGACCAAAUAUCCAGCGUGCGACCAUAGGCAAUACGAUGAUACGCACGACGACAAGCAACAAACAAGAGCCCACCUCUCCCUUUGAGCAGCUGCGCAAGGGAUAUAACAACAACAAGCGGCCGGCACAGACCAGUCUACUGUCGCCGCCUUCCAAGAAGCCCAGCCUAGAAGAGGUCAAGGAGUUUGCCGAACAGCAGCGGAUGCGUAAGCAAAUUGCGGCCGAAUAUGGUGACAAUGAUCCGGAAUACGACGGUGGCAUGCUGUAUGAUGAUGUGCAUGCUGACGACGAUGAUGACGAUAUGCCACCGCAGCCAUCAACGUCAAGGCAAAAUCAGCCGGCAACUCCACAGAAGAGCACACAGACUCAGCUGGAGCAUGGCACAACGACCAUAAUUCUCAAACAGGACUCGCCCAGCCAAACGCCGACGAUCAUUGUGAAGGAUUCAUCGAAUGCCAAGCUCAAUCACACCAAAAUCAUUGCCGAAGUGUUGAGACAGUAUCCGCAUAUUGUCAAGGGCCACAAGAACAUCAAGCUAAAGAUUAUGCCCAAUAACACGCAAACCAGCAGUCCCGCCGAGAAGGCAGCCGCUUCACCUGUGAAGCGUUGUGCGACAGCAGCAACAGCGACACCUCAGUCCGCAACGACAUCAACGGGACCCGCAUCGCCGCACAAGAAGUUGCAUGUUUCCUUCAAAGCGGACAAAUCCACGCCGUUGAUAACGUCACAGCAGAAGGCAACAACCACACAGCAAAAGCCAUCUGCAGUUGCGCAGUCCACCGCCCCAGCGCAGACAUCAGCAGCAGCGACAACAGCCAGCUCCGCGGCAACGGCAUCGGCUCAGAAGCGUCGAAUCGACAGCAAGACGAUGCACACUUUGAUCGCCCAGGGAGCUGAGAAUACCACCGGUCCCUGGCUGUGUCUGCGGUGCGGUGUGAAUGGACGACCCAUUAGCAUUCCAUCGUACAGGGGCUUCAGACGGCAUCUCAUCAACACGCACAAGGAGACAAUUGACCCGUCGCUGUGCGAGCAUUGCGGCUGGCGAUCGGGCAACAAUCGGGAAUUGCAUUUCCACAUGUACAUCGAGCAUCAAAUCAAAUCGCAGCUGUACACAUUCGCCGAGUGCGCACUCUGCGAUCAGACAUUCUUGACCAAGCCCGAUCUCGAGGCCCACAUCAAUGAGGCACACACCGAUGACAACAAGCAGCAGUGCAUCUACUGCAACAAGGUCUUUGAGCAGGAGCUGCAGCUUUACAAGCACAUGAAGGGCUACCACAAGGCCCAGGCCCUGGAGGAUGGCAUCAUUGAUGAGACAGAUGAGGAGUACCAAGGCUCACAGGACGAGGAAGAUGAGGAAGCUGAGGAGGAGCAAGAGCCAGAGGGCAAGGUUCGCAUACUCUCAAACAUUAGUUUGCCUGCCAACAGUGCCAUAGCAGCGCAGCGGGCCAGCGCUGAGGAACAACAGCAGCAUCAGGAAGAGGAGGAGGAGCUGGAACAGCCGCAGGAGGUGAAGUUCGUUGGAGCCGAUGGCAAUGAGGUGGAGCUCACAGACGAACAGCGGAAGGAGAUCCUCUCGCAGCUCAAUCAACAGCAAGCAGGCGCGGCCGCUGGCGGUGUGGUAAUGGUGCUCAGCGAGCCCGAGGCCGAAAUUGCCAAGCAAGAGGGCGAUGUCAAAUCCUUGGCCGGCACCGAAGAGGAAUACGAUGACAGCCAGAUCUACAGCGAACUGGGCGCCGCCGAUUCGGUGGAGAGCGGCAAGAAGAGCGAGACCGGCACCAGUGCGGCCGAUGAGAGCAAAGAGUCGGCUGACAAUUUGGAAUGGGCCGAGAAUCUAAUUGCCGAAUCCGAGGAACAGAACAGCAAAGAGAAACCAGAGAAACCUCGCGAUGACAUUAGUGAAAAACUAAAAGAGUUGACGGGCGAUUGGACCGAAGACGAGAACGAGGAUGAAAUUAUGGAAAUGGAGAAGUCUGCGAGCACAGAGAUUGUCGCCAAGCAGCAGCCCAAGAAAACAGAGGAAGCCCAGCAAGUGGCCGAGGAAAGCAAUGUUGUCGAAGAGCCGGAGGAGGAAGAGGAUGAUAUUGAUUUGGCUCUACAAUCCAUGCACAAGGGCAACGACGAGUCGACAUCAAAGACCAGAAGUGCGGCCGACCAGCCAGCUGCAGCCGGCAGUGGUGCCGAGGAUGUAGUCAGUGCGGAAGAGGUCCCGACCACAGGUACAACAACUAAACAGGAUGAAAAAAUGGAUGUGGAUACGGAUGCGACCGAGGAGGUAACUACACCAGCUGCUGAUGCUGCUGCUGCCAUAACAAAAAUCAAGCGAGAGCAUGAAGAGGAUGAGGAAUUCAUCAAGGAAGAUGCCACAGAGGCAGAUGUUUCCAUGCCAGAUGCGGAAGUCGAUUCCAAUUCUGCCAUUGCUGCCGAUACCGAGGAGCAUUUGGAGGAGGUUGAGGAGGACCAGGAGCAUUUGGGGACGGACAAUAUGCGCAAGGAGUUGCUGGAUGAAUUAAUCGCCCAAGCCGAGUCGCCCGAAGAUGAUGAAAAGAGGAGUACUCCCCUGGAGGCGAUAGAAGCAACGGAAGCCGCAGCGACACCAUCAGCUAUCUCAGACAGUACUGAGACGGAUGCAGAUCUGGUGCCUGCCACCCAGCUACCUGCCAGUCAGACAGAGAUUAUUGAGGAGGAAGCAGAAAAGCCAGCUGAGAAUAACAAUGAUGGGAAGACGACAGUAGCAGUAGCAGCAGUAGCAAAGGAAGCAAACGUUGAGGACAAACCAACAAACAGCAGCAUCGUUACAGCUGCCGCUACUGAUAAGACUACGACAUCGUCGGUCGUUGAGGUGGAGGAGGCGGCUAGUGCGGAUAAGGUAAAGAGUCUCAUUAGCGAAUGGGCCGAUGAUGAUGAAGAUGAGGAUGAGAAUGGGGUUACUGCUGCGGCAAAGGCGGAACUAUAAUUACUAGAUUUAUUUAUGUUUUAAGUUGCGAUUAUCCACUGUCGUCGGAAACCUAUAUGAAGUCCACAAGAAUUUUCGGUUUCGAUUGUAAAUUAAAUUUGUUAAAUAAGGAAAUGAGAA